UUAUUUUCACUCUUACGUUUAUGUAGUGAUGCUGCAGUCUUCACGACCCGUGGUAACCACACAAUAGGACACAAGUAUAAGAAGUUUCUGUUUCGUGAAUACGAGGAUGCUAGCUUCCAAACGGAAAAGCCGCACCCACCCUACCUUGGGUUUCUGGGGCCUGUACUCAAGGGAGAGGUGGGAGACACGAUUGUGGUUCACUUCAAGAACAAGGCCCGUGGUAACUUUUCAGUACACCCACAUGGUGUGUUUUACUCGAAGGACUCGGAAGGCGCCCUGUAUGUGGAUGAGACAAAGGGAGCGUCGAAAAGAGACGACCACGUGCCACCGAAUGGUGAACACAUAUACACUUGGAGGAUAACUAAGGACCACGCCCCAACAGGCGAUGACGAUGACUGUCUUACCUGGAUUUACCAUUCACACGUGUUGCCGCACAAGGACAUUAACACUGGGUUGAUUGGUGAGAUUAAGCUUAAGAAUGUUUCUGUGUUUUCGAUGUCAACGUGAUAUAAAAAGCUAAUUGAUUCAAAUAUGAUUAUGGCCCUCGGAAACUUUUUACGCGUGCCAAUGUCAGUAUUCUCUGUGCAGCCAACUUUAUGAAAACCGCCGGUGUGGUUUGUAAUUGGCCACUAGAGUAAUCAGCAAUCAAUAACUUUGUUGACUUUAUCUUCGACAUGAAGAUUUCACUACCAAUACAAUCAAUAUAGUAACAAAUGAAACAAGGUAAAAUAAAAGUGAAGUAAGAGAGAAAGGAACAGCAGCAAUAUACAUUGAACAUUACCAUAGAAACUUACGUGGCUAUAUAUGUAUGGCUUCUACGCUACUCGUAUUUUGAAUUAGAGUUCGGAUUUGUAACAAUUUAGACUAUUUUCAAUAUAAGAGGAACUAAGAUUUAUAAUAAUAGUAUUAUAACCUCAGUAAAGUGCGUUCGAGCUGUUAGAGUCAAACCAGGUCAAGGGAACUACCAUAGUUUUUAUUAUUGAAUCAAUUCCGUUAUUCGAAGCUUGGGUCCAGUAGAGGUGAAUACAGUUUGAGAAAUAGUCCCGAUUUUCGCUGAAAUGUUUGAAACGUCCAGUCACGUGACUCACUUACAAAAAAGCGAGCAAGCAAGUAAGGAUGGGAAACUUCUUGCCAAGUUCCACAAAUAUUCGAAAAGAUGUUUCUUGUUGAAAUGAAUAUCCACCUGACCAGUGACUGAGUCAAACCAAUCCUCAGGUUCCCCGGCACUAUCCACCGAAUUAUCAGUACUUUUCUGUUGCACAAAACUGAAAAUAAAAGAACCGCGAAACGUUACAGAGAUGAAGCCGUAAUUAUAGUUACCUCUUUUUUUUGCCCUUAUUUUGUGUCCACAAUGUCAGGUAUCUUGCUGACGUGCAAAAGUGGAGCAUUAGAAGGAGGAAAAACGAGAGGUGUUGACAAAGAGUUUUUAGCGUUGUUUUCUGUGCUGGAUGAGAAUGAUAGUUGGCUGCUGGACAAGAACAUUAACUACUACUGCAGUGAUCCACAAGGAGUAAAUAAAGAGGAUGAGGAUUUUAUGGAGAGUAAUAAGAUGCACGCUAUAAACGGUCAUUUCUAUGGAAACCUACCGGGCCUGGAAAUGUGCUUAGGAGAUACUGUUAACUGGCAUUUGGCUGGGAUUGGUAAUGAAGUCGAUUUGCAUCCAGGUAAGAUUCGCCACAUUUAAGGGAAUUCAAGACAGUCUUGGAUUCUGGAUUCCACGCCAUGGAUUCCGGAGUUUUUGUCAGUGGAACUUGGAUUCUGGAUUCAAUCGUUAGUGGGAUCCCGGAUUCUUCGAGCUGUUCUCCAGAUUCCAGAUUUCACAAGCAAAAAUCUACCGGAUUCCGGAAUCUGGUCAGAUUCCCCUACUUGGGGCGAUAAGAUGGCCAAAGCCGCAAUUUUGUAAGAACUUACACUCAGUCAAGACCAUAUUUGUUAUUUAUAAGAACACAGGCAGCAAUCAAUGUAAUGAGCGUAAAAGGGAAAAUGUACCCUGAAAACGUAGAGAAGUGGUCUGGGUCCUUUUACUUAAGUCGCUAAAGGCAAGAAGAUCUAUAGGUAAUUAGGCACGCCACGACUAGCAUUUUGACUAACUGCGGGCCAAGAAAUUGUAACUAAGUAAAAUUACGGUAAUUAACAUGUUUUAAGGUUUUUUUUUUUGGGGGGGCUAACUUCAACGUUUGAAACAUGUUCAAGUGAUCAGCGCGUCUUACCCGCAAUCUGCUGUUACCGUCUUUCUUAUUCCUGCUAGUUUUGAUUUUUGAUCAUCUUACGUUUGUUUAUUAGUUUAGGAGUGAAUGAUAUACCUGUGAACUUCCGCCGUAGCCCGCCAGCCCGGUGCGUCCAUCUCUCUAAUAAGAGCGGGCUCACAACGUACUUGAUGUUUAGGUUGCGUAGCUGGCUUUUUUUUUUGAAACGCUGUGAAAGAAACACGGUAAAAUGGUGUGGUUUCUACUUUCCUCCUCCCCAUGCCUUUGUCUCUUUUUUUCUUUUAUCGUCUUUCAUUUUUCUCGCUUUUUUCUUGCGAAUCGUUUACCGCACUCCAAUGAAACCGCCAGCUUCGCUCAACAGCUGCACAGGCUAUCUUCUAGCCAAGAAACUCUCAGGCAAUUUUCAGGGAUUUUCAAAAUUGAAAUUUUACAUUUUCUUUCUAUCAAUAGCUUAUUUCCAUGGACAAACUUUUACAGUCGACAACCAUCGCAAAGACGUUGCUUCUCUUCUACCUGCCACUUUCGUGACGGCUUCUAUGAAGGCCUUAAACCCAGGGACGUGGAUGUUAGACUGCCUUGUUAACGAUCAUUAUAACGCCGGUAUGUACGCGCUGUUUAAUGUAACGAAGUGCGCUGGAAAAAAACAUCCAGUCCCUAGUGUAAGUGGCGGGAAGAAGCGGACUUACUACAUCGCGGCAAACGAGAUACCGUGGAACUAUGGACCAACUGGUAUGAAUAAUAUGAAUGGAGAGAGCUUGACACUGGCAGAUAAGUACGAAUGCCAUGAUCAGAUUUCAAUGAUAUAAAACUCCAGUUCUAACGCUGCGUCACUCAUGUUUUAUAGUUGGACUUAAGAUUAACUUGACUAAUUCAAAUGACGUCGAACCAAAACAGAAAAAGAUUUUAAUGACGACGAUGAUAAUAGAGUAAUCGAAAUGAUAAUGAUAAUGACACUGAUAGUAAUAAUUUAAAUUAUCUUCAUUUGUUCAUUAGUUUCGGCACAUGAAAAUAUCCGUUGUGCGAAUCAGCAGUCGCCCCAGUGUUGGAUAAUGUGACAGUGUCUGCCCAACUUAACGUUGCGUGCCGCACCAAACUUAACUACUGAACCAAACUGAUUCAAACGCCGGUUUUCGCCUUUUUCCGUAUCUAAUUCAUCUGUAAAUGAAGGUGCAGCUGCUGUUUUCCGGAAUCAGACCUGAGGGUUUGGCCAUGCUGUCUGAACUUGUCUGUUCACUUGUGUGUGUGUGUUUUUUUUUCUAUUUGCUCAGCGACUCAGCCGUUCUCUUCGCCCAAGGUGUCAAGAGGAUUGGAGGAACUUAUCUAAAAGCGAUUUACGAAGAGUACUGACACAAGCAGCAACUUUACAAGUAAAAAGAAAAAAUCAGAUCAUCUUGGUUUCCUGGGGCCAGUCAUUCGAGCGGAAGUCGGUGAUAUCAUCGAAGUAGUCUUCAAAAAUAAC